AUGACAAUGACCCCGGACGUCAGACUCGAGUAUCUGGAGGAAGUUGCUUCCAUCAUCCUAAAGUUCAAGCCGGACAAGUGGAGCAAGCUGAUGGGCGCCGAGGAGAACGUGGCCCUGUUCACAGAGUUCUUUGAAAAGCCCGACGUCCGGGUGCUGGUGCUGACGCUCAAUGCAGCCGGCAUGAUCGUACCCUGCCUGGGCUUCCCCGAGUCCCUCAAGUCCAAAGGGGUUUACUUUAUCAAGACAAAGCCCGAUAACAUCAACAAGGACAACUACAAGGCCCGGCUCCUUUACGGUGACAUCAGCCCCACGCCCGUGGACCAGCUGAUCGCAGUGGUGGAGGAGGUCCUCUAUUCUCUGUUAAACCAACGCGAGAACAUGGCUGGAUGGCCCCAGGUGGUCUCGGAAGACAUCGUGAAGCAGGUCCACAGGCUGAAGAACGAAAUGUUUGUGAUGAGUGGCAAGAUCAAAGGCAAAACCCUGCUGCCCAUCCCGGAGCACCUGGGCAGCCUGGACGGCACGCUGGAGUCCAUGGAGAGGAUCCCCUCUUCGCUGGACAACUCGCUCCUGCACGCCAUCGAGACCAUCAUCAUCGACUGGUCCCACCAGAUCCGGGAUGUGCUGAGCAAAGACUCGGCCCAGGCGCUGCUGGACGGGCUGCACCCCCUGCCCCGAGUGGAGUUUGAGUUCUGGGAUGCCCGGCUGCUGAACCUCAAGUGCAUCCAUGAGCAGCUAAACAGACCCAAAGUGAACAAGAUUGUUGAGAUCCUAGAGAAAGCCAAAAGCUGCUACUGGCCAGCCCUGCAAAACGUUUACACCAACGUCACGGAAGGGCUGAAGGAAGCCAACGACAUUGUGCUCUAUUUGAAGCCCCUACGGAUACUGCUGGAGGAGAUGGAGCAAGCCGACUUCACGAUGCUCCCCACCUUCAUCGCCAAGGUGCUGGACACCAUCUGCUUCAUCUGGGCCACCUCUGAGUACUAUAACACACCUGUCAGGAUCAUCGUCAUCCUGCAGGAGUUCUGCAACCAAAUCAUCGAGAUGACACGGACCUUCCUGAGCCCGGAAGAGGUGCUGAAGGGCCUGCAAGGCGAAAUCGAGGAAGUCCUGAGCGGCAUCUCCCUGGCCGUGCACGUGCUGAAGGAGCUCUACCAGACGUACGACUUCUGCUGCACGAACAUGAAGCUUUUCUUUAAGGACAAAGAGCCCGUGCCUUGGGAGUUCCCUUCUUCUCUUGCCUUUUCCAGGAUGAAUUCCUUCUCCCACCGCAUCCAGACCAUUGAGGAACUCUAUAAAACAGCGAUUGAGUUUCUGAAGCUGGAGAAAAUCGAGCUUGGGGGCGUGCGUGGGAACCUCCUCGGGAACCUGGUGACCCAGAUCUAUGACGAGGUCUUUGAGCUGGUGAAGGUUUUUGCCGACUGCAAAUAUGACCCCUUGGACCCUGGAGACUCGAAUUUUGACCGUGAUUAUGCUGAUUUUGAGAUCAAAAUCCAAGACCUGGAUAGGAGGCUGGCCACGAUCUUUUGCCAAGGAUUUGAGGACUACAGCUCUAUUGAGUCCUCUGCAAAGCUCCUGUACAUGUGUGGGGGCCUCCUGGAGCGGCCCCUGAUUCUUGCCGAGGUGGUGCCCAGGUAUUCAGUCAUGCUGGAGCUGUUUGACGCUGAGCUGGACAACGCCAAGAUCUUGUAUGAUGCCCAGAUGGCAGCCUCCGAGGAGGGCAACAUUCCCCUGAUCCACAAAAACAUGCCUCCCGUGGCCGGGCAGCUCAAGUGGAGCCUGGAGUUGCAGGAGAGGCUGGAGGUGUCCAUGAAACACCUGAAGCACAUCGAACACCCGGUCAUGUCUGGAGCGGAGGCCAAGUUGACUUAUCAGAAGUAUGACGAGAUGAUGGAGCUGCUGAGGUCCCACCGCGAGAAGAUCUACCAGCAGUGGGUGGUGAGCGUGGACCAGGACUGCCACUUCAACCUGGGGCAGCCGCUAAUUCUGCGGGACGCCUCCAGCAACCUCAUCCAUGUCAACUUCAGCAAAGCGUUGGUGGCAGUUCUGAGAGAAGUCAAGUAUUUGAAUUUCCAGCAACAGAAAGAGAUUCCAGACAGUGCAGAGAGUCUGUUCUCAGAGAACGAAACUUUCCGGAAGUUUGUGGGCAACCUGGAGCUGAUCGUUGGCUGGUAUAAUGAGAUAAAGACUACAGUGAAGGCAGUAGAAUUUCUACUAAUAAAGUCAGAAUUGGAAGCAAUCGAUGUCAAAUUACUGAGCGCUGAAACGACAUUAUUCUGGAAUGGCGAAGGUGUGUUUCAGUACAUUCAAGAGGUGCGAGAAAUUCUGCACAACUUGCAGAACAGGAUGCAAAAGGCAAAACAAAAUGUAGAAGGAAUUUCACAGGCUAUGAAGGACUGGUCGGCCAACCUGCUGUUUGAAAGAAAGGACAAUAAGAAAGAGGCCCUGUUAGACUUGGAUGGAAGAAUUGCCAACCUCAGCAAGCGCUACACAGCAGUCAGGGAUGCGGGCGUGAAGAUCCAAGCCAUGGUUGCAGAAAACGCAGAACUGUUCAGGGCAGAUACACUGAGUCUGCCCUGGAAGGAUUAUGUCAUCUACAUUGACGACAUGGUCUUAGACGAAUUUGACCAGUUCAUUCGCAAAUCUCUGAAUUUCCUGAUGGACAACAUGGUUACAGAUGAGAGCAUCGCUCCCCUGUUUGAGAUCCGCAUGGAGCUGGACGAGGAUGGGCUGACCUUCCACCCGUCCCUGGAGGUGGGUUCGGACCACGGCUUCCUGGCGCUGAUCGAGGGCCUGGUCAACGACAUCUACAACGUAGCCAGGCUCAUCCCUCGGUUGGCCAAGGGCAGGAUGAACUACAAGAUAGACCUGGAAGAUAACACAGAGCUCAUAGAGAUGAGGGAGGAGGUGUCCAGCCUGGUCAUCAAUGCCAUGAAGGAGGCCGAGGAGUACCAGGAUUCCUUUGAGAGGUACUCCUACCUCUGGACAGACGACCCCCAGGAGUUUAUGAAUAAUUUCCUGAUAUACGGGUGCGCAGUCACUGCGGAGGACUUGGAGACCCGGACAGAUGACACCAUCCCCAAGACACCGCCCACCCUGGCUCAGUUCCAGCAGCAGAUCGACUCCUACGAGAAGCUGUACGAGGAGGUGUCUGAGUGCAAGAACACCAAGGUGUUCCACGGCUGGCUGCAGUGUGACUGUCGCCCCUUCAAGCAGGCCCUGCUCAGCACGAUCCGGCGCUGGGGCUUCAUGUUCAAGCAGCACCUGAGCAACCAUGUCACCAACAGCCUGGCUGACCUGGAAGCCUUCAUGAAAGUCGUCAGAAUGGGCUUGACCAAGCCCCUGAAGGAGGGGGACUAUGACGGGCUGGUGGAGGUGAUGGGGCACCUGAUGAAGGUCAAGGAGAGGCAGGUGGCCACCGACAACAUGUUUGAGCCCCUGAAGCAAACCAUCGAGCUGCUCAAGACCUACGGGGAGGAGAUGCCGGAGGAGAUCCACCUGAAGCUGCAGGAGCUGCCGGAGCACUGGACAAACACCAAGAAACUGGCCAUUCAGGUGAAGCAGAACGUGGCCCCACUCCAGGCCAACGAGGUCAGCAUCCUGCGGCGGAAGUGCCAGCAGUUCGAGCUCAAGCAGCACGAGUUCAGGGAGAAGUUCAGGCACAAGGCCCCGUUCUCCUUCAGAGACCCCAACCCCUACACGUCCCUGAAUAAGCAACAAAAGAGCAUCUCAGCCAUGGAAGGCAUCAUGGAGGCGCUGUCCAAGUCUGGGGGCCUGUUCGAGGUCACUGUCCCCGACUACAAGCAGCUCAAGGCCUGCCACCGGGAGGUCCGCCUGCUGAAGGAGCUCUGGGACAUGAUUGUCGUGGUGAAUACCAGCAUCGAGGACUGGAAGACCACCAAGUGGAAAGAUAUCAACGUUGAGCAGAUGGACAUAGAUUGUAAGAAGUUUGCCAAAGACGUGAGGUCUUUGGACAAGGAGAUGAAAACCUGGGAUGCCUUCGUGGGGCUCGACAACACCGUGAAGAACAUGAUCACAUCCCUGCGUGCCGUGAGCGAGCUGCAGAACCCUGCCAUUCGGGAACGCCACUGGCAGCAGCUCAUGCAGGCCACCCAGGUGAAAUUUAAAAUGUCAGAAGAGACCACCCUGGCAGAUUUAUUGCAGCUGAACCUCCACAGUUACGAGGAUGAGGUCCGCAACAUCGUGGACAAGGCCGUGAAAGAGUCCGGCAUGGAAAAGGUGCUGAAAGCCCUGGACAGUACCUGGAGCAUGAUGGAAUUCGAGCACGAGCCGCACCCACGGACGGGCACCAUGAUGCUCAAGUCCAACGAGGUGCUGGUGGAGACGCUGGAGGACAACCAGGUACAGCUGCAGAACCUGAUGACGUCCAAGUACCUGGCCCACUUCCUGAAGGAGGUGACGAGCUGGCAGCAGAAGCUGUCCAUGGCGGACUCCGUCAUCUCCAUCUGGUUUGAGGUCCAGCGAACCUGGAGCCACCUGGAGAGCAUCUUCAUCGGCUCCGAAGACAUCCGCGCCCAGCUCCCGGAGGACUCCCAGCGCUUUGAUGACAUCGACCAGGAAUUCAAGGCCUUGAUGGAAGAUGCAGUAAAAACACCCAACGUGGUGGAAGCCACCAGCAAACCCGGCCUCUACGAUAAACUGGAGGCCCUGAAGAAGAGCUUGGCCAUCUGUGAAAAAGCUUUGUCAGAGUAUUUAGAGACCAAGAGACUGGCUUUCCCCAGGUUCUAUUUUGUCUCCUCGGCUGACCUCCUGGACAUUCUCUCCAAUGGCAAUGACCCCGUGGAGGUGAGCCGCCACCUGUCCAAACUCUUCGAUAGCCUGUGUAAACUAAAGUUCCAGCUCGAUGCCAAUGACAAACCUCUCAAGGUGGGCCUGGGAAUGUACAGCAAGGAGGACGAGUACAUGGUUUUUGAUAAGGAGUGCGACCUCUCGGGGCAGGUGGAAGUGUGGCUGAAUCGAGUGCUGGACCGAAUGUGCUCCACCCUCCGGCACGAAAUCCCAGAGGCCGUGGUGACCUACGAAGAGAAGCCGAGGGAGCAGUGGAUCCUGGACUACUCGGCCCAGGUGGCCCUGACUUGCACCCAGAUCUGGUGGACGACCGAGGUGGGCCUGGCGUUUGCCAGGCUGGAGGAAGGCUAUGAAAACGCUAUCAAAGAUUAUAACAAAAAGCAGAUUAGCCAGCUGAAUGUACUCAUCACGCUGCUCAUUGGGAACCUCAACGCUGGCGACAGGAUGAAGAUCAUGACCAUCUGCACCAUCGAUGUGCACGCGCGGGACGUGGUGGCCAAAAUGAUCGUGGCCAAGGUGGAGAGUUCUCAGGCCUUCACCUGGCAGGCCCAGCUCCGGCAUCGCUGGGAUGAAGAGAAGCGACACUGCUUUGCCAACAUCUGCGAUGCCCAAAUCCAGUAUUCCUACGAGUAUCUGGGCAACACGCCGCGGCUGGUCAUCACCCCGCUCACCGACAGGUGCUACAUCACCCUGACCCAGUCCCUCCAUCUCAUCAUGGGCGGAGCCCCCGCCGGCCCCGCUGGGACCGGCAAGACUGAGACGACCAAGGACCUGGGCAGAGCCCUGGGCACCAUGGUCUACGUCUUCAACUGCUCUGAGCAGAUGGACUACAAGUCCUGUGGAAAUAUCUACAAGGGCCUGGCCCAGACGGGAGCCUGGGGCUGCUUUGAUGAGUUUAAUCGCAUCUCGGUGGAAGUCUUGUCUGUGAUUGCUGUGCAGGUAAAAUGUGUCCAGGAUGCAAUUCGGGCCAAGAAAAAAACAUUCAAUUUCCUGGGAGAGAUCAUAGGCCUCAUUCCCACUGUCGGUAUCUUCAUCACCAUGAACCCUGGGUACGCCGGGCGCACGGAGCUACCCGAGAACCUAAAAGCCUUAUUCAGGCCCUGUGCCAUGGUCGUCCCCGACUUCGAACUGAUAUGCGAGAUUAUGCUGGUGGCCGAGGGCUUUCUGGAAGCCCGCCUCCUGGCCAGGAAGUUCAUCACGCUGUACACCCUGUGCAAGGAGCUGCUGUCGAAGCAGGAUCAUUACGACUGGGGCCUGAGAGCCAUCAAGUCUGUACUGGUGGUGGCCGGCUCCCUGAAGAGGGGCGACCCCAGCCGGGCGGAGGACCAGGUGCUGAUGCGGGCGCUGAGGGACUUCAACAUCCCCAAGAUCGUGACCGACGACCUGCCCGUGUUCAUGGGACUGAUCGGAGACCUCUUCCCGGCUCUGGACGUGCCUCGGAAACGAGACCUGAAUUUUGAAAAGAUCAUCAAGCAGAGCAUCGUGGAGCUCAAGCUGCAGGCGGAGGACAGUUUCGUGCUGAAGGUGGUGCAGCUGGAGGAGCUGCUGCAGGUCCGCCAUUCGGUGUUUGUCAUCGGGAACGCGGGCAGCGGCAAAUCUCAGGUCCUCAAAUCCCUCAACAAGACCUAUCAGAACCUGAAGAGGAAGCCAGUCGCCGUGGACCUGGACCCCAAGGCCGUCACCUGCGACGAGCUCUUUGGCAUCAUCAACCCAGCAACCAGAGAAUGGAAAGACGGUAAGGAGGGUGGUCCCGGGACGGGCUGCAGGGGCUCGCCCAGUCCGGUGCAGUACGACAGACAUAAGCUGACGUUAAAAGACGUCCAUAACUGUCAGUACGUGGCCUGCAUGAACCCCACUUCUGGAUCCUUCACCAUCGACCCCAGGCUUCAGCGCCAUUUCUGCGUGUUUGCUGUGAGCUUCCCCGGCCAGGAGGCCCUCACCACCAUCUACAACACGAUCCUGACACAGCACCUGGCCUUCCGCUCGGUCUCCAUGGCUACUCAGAGGAUAAGCAACCAGCUGGUGGCCGCGGCCCUGGCUUUGCAUCAGAAAGUUGCGGCAACAUUUCUUCCCACGGCCAUUAAGUUUCAUUAUGUCUUCAACCUCAGGGACCUCUCCAGUAUUUUCCAGGGACUCUUAUUUUCCACAGCAGAAGUUCUGAAAACCCCACUGGACCUUGUCCGCCUUUGGCUACAUGAGGCUGAACGAGUGUAUGGUGACAAAAUGGUUGACGAAAAAGACCAGGAAACAUUGCAUAGAGUCACCAUGGCCUCCACCAAGAAGUUCUUUGAUGAUCUUGGUGAUGAACUCUUAUUUGCCAAGCCAAAUAUCUUCUGCCACUUUGCUCAAGGGAUUGGCGAUCCUAAAUACGUUCCUGUAACCGACGUGGCUCCUCUGAACAAGCUCCUCAUGGACGUCCUGGACAGCUACAAUGAAAUUAACGCAGUCAUGAAUUUGGUGCUGUUUGAGGAUGCCGUGGCUCACAUCUGCAGGAUUAAUCGCAUCUUGGAGUCUCCCCGGGGGAAUGCCCUGCUGGUGGGGGUGGGUGGCAGUGGCAAACAGAGCCUCUCCCGCCUGGCAGCAUACAUCAGCGGCCUUGACGUGUUUCAAAUCACCCUCAAGAAGGGCUACGGGAUCCCCGACCUCAAGGUCGACCUCGCUGCUCAGUACAUAAAGGCUGCCGUGAAGAACAUUCCCUCGGUGUUCCUGAUGACGGACUCCCAGGUGGCCGAGGAGCAGUUUCUGGUGCUGAUCAAUGACCUGCUGGCCUCAGGAGAGAUUCCUGGGCUGUUUGUGGAGGACGAGGUGGAGAACAUCGUCUCCUCCAUGCGACCCCAAGUCAAGUCCCUCGGCAUGAACGACACUCGGGAAGUAUGUUGGAAAUUCUUCAUCGAAAAAGUGCGCAGACAGCUCAAGGUGAUCCUGUGUUUCUCCCCCGUGGGCUCCGUGCUGCGGGUACGAGCCAGAAAAUUCCCAGCUGUGGUCAACUGCACGGCCAUCGACUGGUUCCAUGAGUGGCCGGAAGAUGCCCUGGUGUCCGUCAGUGCGCGCUUCCUGGAGGAGACCGAGGGAAUUCCGCGGGAAGUCAAGGCCUCCAUCAGCCUCUUCAUGUCCUACGUGCACACCACGGUCAACGAGAUGUCCAGGGUGUACCUGGCUACUGAGAGGCGCUACAACUACACCACACCCAAAACCUUUCUGGAGCAGAUCAAACUCUACCAGAACCUGCUGGCCAAGAAGAGAAUGGAGCUUGUUGCCAAAAUCGAGAGGCUGGAGAACGGCCUGAUGAAGCUGCAGAGCACAGCUUCCCAGGUGGAUGACUUGAAAGCCAAGCUGGCAAUUCAGGAGGCUGAGCUCAAGCAGAAGAAUGAGAGUGCAGAUAAACUGAUCCAGGUGGUCGGCAUCGAGACUGAGAAGGUUAGCAAAGAGAAAGCCAUUGCUGAUGAGGAAGAAGUCAAGGUCGAGGUCAUCAAUAAGAAUGUCACCGAGAAGCAAAAGGCCUGUGAAACGGACCUGGCCAAAGCAGAACCAGCCCUACUGGCAGCCCAGGAGGCUCUGGACACUCUGAAUAAGAACAACCUGACAGAGCUGAAGUCCUUCGGGUCCCCCCCGGACGCCGUGGUCAACGUCACCGCCGCCGUCAUGAUUCUGACCGCACCUGGGGGCAAGAUCCCCAAGGACAAGAGCUGGAAGGCGGCCAAGAUCAUGAUGGGCAAGGUGGACACCUUCCUAGACUCCCUGAAGAAGUUCGACAAGGAGCACAUCCCCGAGGCCUGCCUGAAGGCCUUCAAGCCCUACCAAGGCAACCCGACCUUCGACCCCGAGUUCAUCCGCUCCAAGUCCACGGCCGCCGCCGGCCUCUGCUCCUGGUGCAUCAACAUCGUCCGCUUCUACGAGGUCUACUGCGACGUGGCGCCCAAGAGGCAGGCCUUGGAGGAGGCUAAUGCAGAGCUGGCAGAGGCACAAGAGAAGCUGUCCCGGAUCAAAAACAAGAUUGCCGAACUUAACGCCAACCUGAGCAACCUAACCUCAGCGUUUGAAAAAGCAACAGCUGAGAAAAUCAAGUGUCAGCAAGAGGCCGAUGCCACAAACAGGGUGAUCUUACUGGCGAACAGGCUGGUGGGGGGAUUAGCAUCGGAAAACGUCCGCUGGGCUGAGUCUGUGGAGAACUUCAGGAGCCAGGGGGUCACGCUGUGUGGGGACGUCCUGCUCAUCUCUGCCUUCGUGUCCUAUGUGGGCUACUUCACCAAGAAAUACCGGAAUGAGCUGAUGGAGAAAUUCUGGAUCCCUUACAUACACAACUUAAAGGUCCCCAUCCCGAUCACAAAUGGCCUGGAUCCCUUGAGCCUGCUGACAGAUGAUGCGGACGUGGCCACCUGGAACAACCAGGGCCUCCCCAGCGACCGCAUGUCCACCGAGAAUGCCACCAUCCUGUGUAACACCGAGCGGUGGCCGCUGAUUGUGGACGCCCAGCUCCAAGGAAUCAAGUGGAUCAAAAACAAAUACAGCAGUGAACUGAAAGCCAUCCGCCUGGGACAGAAGAGCUACCUGGAUGUCAUCGAGCAGGCCAUCUCGGAAGGGGACACCUUGCUCAUUGAGAACAUCGGCGAAACCGUGGACCCCGUGCUGGACCCUCUACUGGGCAGGAACACAAUUAAAAAGGGAAAGUACAUUAAGAUUGGCGACAAGGAGGUGGAGUACCACCCCAAGUUCCGCCUGAUCCUGCACACCAAGUACUUCAACCCACACUACAAGCCAGAGAUGCAGGCUCAGUGCACCCUCAUCAACUUCCUGGUCACCAGGGAUGGACUCGAGGACCAACUCUUGGCCGCUGUGGUGGCCAAAGAGCGCCCAGAUCUAGAACAGCUGAAGGCGAACCUCACUAAGUCUCAAAACGAAUUUAAGAUUAUUCUGAAAGAGCUGGAAGAUUCGCUCCUGGCCCGUCUGUCGGCUGCGUCGGGGAACUUUCUGGGAGACACAGCUUUGGUGGAGAAUCUGGAGACCACCAAGCACACAGCCAGCGAGAUCGAGGCGAAGGUGGUGGAGGCAAAAAUCACAGAAGUUAAAAUCAACGAGGCGAGAGAGAACUACCGCCCGGCUGCGGAGCGGGCAUCUCUGCUCUACUUCAUACUGAACGACCUCAACAAAAUCAACCCCAUCUACCAGUUCUCCCUCAAGGCCUUCAACGUGGUGUUUGAGAAAGCCAUCCAGAGGACCACUCCUGCCAGUGAGGUGAAGCAGCGGGUGAUCAACCUGACGGACGAGAUCACCUACUCCGUCUACAUGUACACGGCCCGGGGGCUCUUCGAGAGGGACAAACUCAUUUUCUUGGCACAAGUUACGUUUCAGGUCCUGUCCAUGAAGAAGGAGCUGAACCCAGUGGAGCUGGAUUUCCUUCUGCGGUUCCCUUUUAAGGCCGGGGUGGUCUCACCAGUGGACUUCCUGCAGCACCAAGGCUGGGGCGGGAUCAAGGCCCUCUCGGAGAUGGAUGAGUUCAAAAACCUGGACAGUGACAUCGAAGGAUCUGCCAAGCGCUGGAAAAAGCUGGUGGAGUCGGAAGCCCCCGAGAAGGAGAUCUUCCCCAAGGAGUGGAAGAACAAGACGGCCCUGCAGAAGCUGUGCAUGGUGCGCUGCAUGCGGCCGGACCGCAUGACCUACGCCGUCAAGAACUUCGUGGAGGAAAAGAUGGGCAGCAAGUUCGUGGAAGGCCGGAGUGUUGAGUUUUCGAAGUCCUACGAGGAGAGCAGCCCCUCCACGCCAAUCUUCUUCAUCCUCUCCCCCGGGGUUGACCCCCUGAAAGACGUGGAAGCCCUGGGAAAAAAACUAGGGUUUACCAUAGACAAUGGAAAACUCCAUAAUGUGUCCCUGGGGCAGGGACAAGAAGUGGUGGCUGAGGACGCUCUGGACGUGGCUGCAGAGAAAGGACACUGGGUCAUUCUGCAGAACAUCCACCUGGUGGCCCGGUGGCUGGGGACGCUGGACAAGAAGCUGGAGCGCUACAGCACGGGUAGCCACGAGGAUUACCGGGUGUUCAUCAGCGCAGAGCCUGCCCCCAGCCCCGACACCCACAUCAUCCCCCAGGGCAUCCUGGAGAACGCCAUCAAGAUCACCAACGAACCCCCCACGGGCAUGCAUGCCAACCUGCACAAGGCCCUGGACCUGUUCACCCAGGACACCCUGGAGAUGUGCACCAAGGAGAUGGAGUUCAAGUGCAUCCUCUUUGCCCUGUGCUACUUCCACGCAGUGGUGGCAGAGAGGCGCAAGUUCGGCGCCCAGGGCUGGAACCGGUCAUACCCCUUCAACAACGGGGACCUCACCAUCUCCAUCAACGUGCUCUACAACUACCUGGAGGCCAACCCCAAGGUGCCCUGGGACGAUCUCCGCUACCUUUUUGGUGAAAUCAUGUAUGGCGGCCACAUCACAGAUGACUGGGACCGUCGGCUGUGCAGGACCUACCUGGCCGAAUACAUCCGAACGGAGAUGCUGGAGGGAGACGUCCUGCUGGCCCCCGGCUUUCAGAUCCCCCCCAACCUGGACUACAAGGGUUACCACGAAUACAUCGAUGAGAACCUGCCCCCCGAGAGUCCCUACCUAUACGGCCUGCACCCCAACGCAGAGAUCGGCUUUCUGACGGUCACCUCAGAGAAGCUGUUCCGCACUGUCCUGGAAAUGCAGCCAAAAGAGACGGACUCGGGGGCAGGCACAGGAGUGUCCCGCGAGGAGAAGGUGAAGGCCGUGCUGGAUGACAUCCUGGAGAAGAUUCCGGAGACUUUCAACAUGGCUGAGAUCAUGGCAAAGGCAGCCGAAAAGACCCCCUACGUGGUAGUCGCCUUUCAAGAAUGUGAAAGAAUGAACAUCCUGACCAACGAAAUGCGCCGUUCACUGAAGGAGCUGAACCUAGGGCUGAAGGGAGAACUGACCAUCACGACCGACAUGGAAGAUCUGUCCACAGCUCUCUUCUACGACACCGUGCCUGAUACGUGGGUGGCCCGGGCCUACCCCUCCAUGAUGGGCCUGGCGGCCUGGUACGCAGACCUGCUGCUCCGCAUCAGGGAACUCGAGGCCUGGACAACAGACUUUGCCCUGCCCACCACCGUGUGGCUGGCUGGCUUCUUCAACCCCCAGUCGUUCCUCACGGCCAUCAUGCAGUCCAUGGCCAGGAAGAACGAGUGGCCGCUGGACAAGAUGUGUCUGUCUGUGGAGGUGACCAAGAAAAACCGAGAGGACAUGACCGCUCCUCCCCGAGAGGGCUCCUAUGUGUAUGGACUCUUCAUGGAAGGCGCUCGCUGGGACACCCAGACUGGAGUCAUCGCGGACGCGCGGCUGAAGGAGCUGACCCCAGCCAUGCCUGUCAUCUUCAUCAAGGCCAUCCCUGUGGACCGCAUGGAGACCAAGAACGUCUAUGAGUGUCCCGUGUACAAAACACGCAUCCGCGGCCCCACGUACGUCUGGACCUUCAACCUGAAGACCAAGGAGAAGGCAGCGAAGUGGGUCCUGGCGGCCGUGGCGCUGCUGCUGCAGGUUUAGCUCCCCUGCCUCACGGCCCACGCUCCCUGGGGCUGGACCACGACUCAGCCCUUCACUUUACAGGAACUGGUGGUUGCUUCUGUUCUCUUAAGUAAUCAAGGUGCUCUGUAACCAAGCACAUCUGAACUAACCAGAGGGUGGAGGUUGGCAUGGAAGAGGUGGGGCAGAUUAAAGCCAGUGGAGCC